AGAAGAAGAAGAAGAAGCCGUGGCGGUUGUUUCCGUGUUGGAAACUGCUCGAGACGAGAUAGGAGGCGAGCACCACUGCCAGUAUUUAUCAGUUUUGGGAUAAAAGAAGAAAGAACAGUUGUUUUCUACACACAAAGUCUAGGAUGACAGAUCGCAAACCGUGUAAGGUGUGCAACUUCACACGACAGAAGUCAUACGGGUUGGUAGUUCCCUCCUUAGACGAGCUGAAGGUAAAAGGAUGUGAGUUUCUCGGGUUCAGCCCCAGUGAGCCUGUCACAGUGGUCCUUGAGGACGAUGGGACGAUAGUUGAGGAUGAGGCCUACUUUUUGUGUUUACCCUUAAACACAAAGUUCAUGCUGUUGCAUGAUAAAGAGGCAUGGUCUCCACUUCGCAGGAUGGAUGGUGGCACAGCCUGGAUGGCCCGGGAUUCAAUGAUGCUUGAGACUGAUGCUGUAGAUGCCUCCAGUGCUGAACCACCCUGGGUGGACCUGGCUCAGCAGCUGAAGCAGGACCUUGCCAGCAUCAUCCUCAUGUCUGAGGCAGAUUUACAGACCUUAGUGGAUGCCCCGUGUCCUGAGCUGGCCUCUGCACUGGGCUUCCAGGAGAAGAGGGCAGUGGACCUCCAGGAGACACUGCAGAGGGUUUUGGACCGACGCGAGGAGGAGAGGCAGUCCAAGGAGCUGCUCCAGCUCUACCUCAAAGCUGUGGAGCAAGAGGAUGGACAACAGGAAGAGCCAAGCCAGCCCAGCCAAGGAGGGGACGUGCCUGACGGGGUAGAAGUGGACUCCGCAUCUGGAUUCAUGUCGAGGACUCUGAUGGUCCUGAAAGGCAAAUCAAGCCCAGAGAGCAGACUGUCCACUGAGGAUCUGCAGCUGGUAGUGAGCAGAGGGCUGGAGGCUAUGGAGCAGGUGCUUGGCUGGGACACGACGAGGACGUCGGCGCUGCUGCAGGCCUGCGAAGCUGAGCUGACCAGACGUCUCCAGCUGGUUCGGGCCGUGCAGUCCAUCAGGAGCAACGCAGAGCUGGAGCGCAGUCAGCAGUCCAGCAAGAAGAACGCGGAGGAGCGAGAUGUAGAAACCCCAGCCCAAGGCAGCAACUAGGCCGAGGCUUCACCUGAGCAGAGACUGAUAAGAAUUCACACUGCCUUGCCUCAGGGUCAGUCUGAAUGGGAUUUAUCCUGUGGUAUGGAUAAUAUCCACAAUGCUGGAGUCCAUGAAUGUUAAUGAUGUUGACGGCCGCGUCAUUCUGUAAAAGUUGCAAACCACUUGAAUGCGUUUGCCUCCAGAGGGAGCAGAGUGAUUUGCACAAGUCAUGUUUAUCAAAGACAGGUUUGCAUUAACCACUGGCAUCAAGUUUUUAUUGGCUCCUUUAUUUUGAUGAGUGCCAUGCUGUGGAAACAACAUUCAUGUGAAACUUAAAGCAACAGUUCAACGUUUUUUGAAAAUGUUUUUAUUGAAUUUCUUGCCUUUAGUUGUCUGAAUGGAAGGCUGGAACAGGCUAGCUUCGCUUUGCAUAAAAAAAAAACUGGACACAGACGGAAAUGGUUUGCCUGCCUCUGUCUGGAGGUUACAAAUUCCAUCCACCAACAUCUCAUAAACUCACUAAUUAACAUCUCAUAUCUUCCUGUAAUCUCUACUGGUUGCCUGGCAACUUCAUUGUGAUCAUAAGACUUGUGGAAGUCACUGCACCGGACCAAGAGAAAGCCCGAAUGUGAUGUUUGUUGACUAACAUAUUAAUUGGGCUAUUGGGCUUUAGGGGUGCCAGUAGGCAGGUUUUGUUCCCUUUGACAGAGCCAGGCGAGCCGUUCCCACCUGUUUCCAGUCUUUGGAACUGCACUGCACUGCUGGGUUCAGCUUCAUGUGUAGUGGACAGAUUUGAGAGCGGUACCAAUCUUCUCUGAUAUUCAUGUCAAGGAGGCAAAUAAUCAUAUUUCCCAAAAUCCCUAAUUAUUGCUUUAGGUUGUUUUGUUUUUUUUAUAAACUGUUACUGUUGAAUCAUCUUCCCAGUCUUAUUGUUUACAUCCUGCCCCCUUAAACUCUGCAAAUUAAGACAGAAGAUGUGUCUUUUAUGAAUGUAGGUAACAAAUGUACUUAGUACGAGCCACAGAAACGCUGUGGAUCACCAUCCUAUGGUGAGUGACAAAAAAAAAAGCUUGUGUUUGUUGAAAAUUAUUUACAUGUGCUGUCAUUUAAAUGACGUUUACAUUUUGAGUUUGUGGGAUCUUUUGUUGAGUUUAUUUAAUUUCAUCCAGCUGGCAAACAGAUUGAUGUUCUGACUCAAAACCUCCUCUCACCCGUUAUCUUCGCAGCUCUCACAGAAAGCUUUCAAAAAUGUCACGUAGCCACUACAGUGCCAUAGUUUUUUAAAAAUGUUUUUCUUUCAGGUUUCUUUAUUUAUGCCGCGCAAUGCAUACAUUCCAUCAUUUACAAAAUAAACAAUCUCAGCAGUUUUUUUUAUAUCUUGAAUUUCAUGUGACACUUCUUACCUUUUUUUUUUAGUCCAUUAGUUGUCUCUUGAUGUCUUGUGUCUUCUAACUUGGGAUGAAAAUGCGUAAAGAUCUAGCAAACAGUUUUCCCUACAGUGAAGAUGAAUAUAUUUAUAGAUAUACACUUGCCUUAACUUGGCAUUUUCUUGUAUAUUUUGUACCACCGUCUUAGUGUACGUGAAGCAUGGUGUGUUAUGUCAUCAUUGAU